UUAUUCAAUCAAUUAGGAGUACAACAUUUACAAGUAUUAAUAUCUUUAGAUCUAUCCUUUUACAAGAAAAACCCAAAUCAAAUUUUAUCAAAAACAUCAUAAAUUAUCUCAUAACAUAAAAAUAAUUCAUUCAAAUUUUUGUUUUUAUUAAUAUGAUUAGUGGGUCGAUGGCAAUUCCUGCAUCUAAUUGUUGUUCAUCAACAUCAUUAUUAGAAUUUAAAAAUUAUUUUUCAUAUUGUAAUUAUUCUAAGAGAUUUAAUUCAAUCAUAAAUUGCAAUGCGAAAAAUCAUGAAUAUAAGGUGCCAAAAUUGGAGCCUUUUAGCAGAAGCAAGUUUGAGAGAGCUGUAAAAGAUCCUCCUUUGAUUCAGAAAUCUGAGUCUCAAAUUGCUGAUUAUUGCUCAGUCCUUGAAGGUGAAGAUUCUUACAGUUGUUGGCAAGCUUAUUUCGAGCUCAAAGAACUCGAGAAGGAGUCCUCAAAAGAAGAGGUGGAGAGGCUAAUAAUCGAAGCGGGUGGAGUUAAAUCUUUAAUAGGGUGUCUCCAUGGAGUGGCAGCCAUUCACAAAGCACACAAGGAGGCAUCUAAUGCUCAGGCAAGCGACGAAAAGAAGGCGAAGGGUGAACGUGAACGAAAGAUACACGUACAUGUACCAGAUGGAUUGCCCAGGUCAGCUGAGGAAAUUGAGGAAGACGAGAAAUCAAUGAUGCCUGAUUCUUCUUUUACUAGGAUGCUAAGGCAUAGGGGCAAACACCCUGCUUGGUAUUCUCCAGUUCCUGACCAUGAAACUGACUGAAGAAUCUUCCUACUCGAAACUGAGAUUAAGGGCGUAAUUAGUGCUCGCUGUGUGCUUAAACAAAUUUCAGUUACUGUUUUAUGGUUUAAGUUUCGAGAUUAGUGGUAUGAUUCUUUUGUAGGGUCUGUAAUAUAUUGCUAUGUCUAAUUAACAACUGAGUUUUCUUGUAUAUAUAUGGAAAUCAAGUUAAUUUGGUGUAA